ACCGAAACAAUCCUUUGAAAUAAACGGUCUCUCUGUUCGCUACCCCCAACCUUCGCCUCACCCUCACACUUUCAUCCGGAAAUUUUUCCAUAGCGUGCGCCCCUUCGUUUUGUAUUCUCGAUGGCUUUUCUUUUAUAAAGAAAUAGUACAUACAAAGAGGGCAGUAGAAUAGCUGGGAAGAAACGCAUCUUAUUUUUACCAACAAGAUCGCUCCUUUCAUCUACCUUUCUUUUAUUCUGUUGCUGUUAUUCAAAGAGUGACUCUAUCAGGUCUCUUCUUUCUGUAGGUCUACCCGAGAACUGAAUUGCACCUUCUGAUCUCAAUAUAUUCUCAAGUACGCAUCUAUGUCCCGGAUGCAAGGCGAAAGGGUCCUCGAUUCCUUUCCUGAUACAAUUGAUCUUAACCAAGGGUCUUUCUCUAAUAAUGAUACUGUGGAUCAUUCGGCUGCUUGGGAUGACUUACUAAAUCCAGUCGAGAGUCAAUUGCCAAAUUACAUGCUUUCCUCCAGUGAGGGAAAUAUUAGUUGCGUAAAUGCUGUUAACAGUCAUACCAGGAGUGUCAGUGGCUGGGAUGUAGGUGAAUCCAGUUCCUUAGCAAAUAAUCCGCAAAACGAAGUCCACAGCGAUGUUUCAAGAAUGAGACAUGGUUGGUCGUCCUCUUUCAAUGCUUUUUCUGGUGCAGAUGCAAGAACAGAAGAUUGGUCUUUUGAAUCUGCUAACGUCAUCAGUGCUGGUUACGGAGGCAAUCAGGCAACUAGCAGAUUCCCGAGUAUGCAAAAUUAUGGUUCAAAUCUUGGUUCACAAAAUAUGAAUUAUGGGUACAAUGGUGAGAAUGAUGACCAGAGAGGUAUUGAAGCAGGUCAAUUGCCUACCUUCUACAAGUUUAGCCAGUCAGAGUCACGGCAGAUUCCUAGUUUUCAUGCUUCUUCCAGUACUAGAGGAACUUCUUCUGGUAUUUUAUUGGAAAAUGACGAUACCCCAGGUCCAUCUUUGGAUACUUGGGGUUUAUCCUGCAAGAGAAAGGAUCUUGAAGGUACUUCCCGACAAUUUUACCCAGGUGGAAGCUCAAGCACGGGUCAAUCAAUGGAGAACAUAAUGCGGCACUCUGUUCCUUUUCGUUAUACCGCACCUGGAAGUUUAAGUAUAUCAUCGGACCCUGGCAACUUAACUAGAGCUAGUCAUUCUGAACAAAUAAAUCCGAGUGGGGUUGGAUUGAAUAGAGUAACCUCUGGAAUUCUUCCCUCUUUAAGUGUUCCAGGGAUUAGAGAAAGCCCGGCUAGAAGUUUUGGUGUGAGAUCGAAUCUUGGACACCGGUCCGUAUCAUUUGAUGCACCCAUAUGCUCUGGUGGAAGGCAUUCUAGUGUUUAUGCAGCACAGCCACCCUCAAGACAUAUUUCAAAUAUUGAUUCUUCAGAAGUUAGACCACAAUUUUCUUUUCCAACAAAUCCAAGCAAUUUGGUCAACCAAUCUCAUACAAUGCAUAUGUCUGAGGCAAGACGUACGCUUCCAUUUCCUUGGAAUGGAUCUCCCAAUUCACAAAGGGGCAGCUCAUCUAGUUCUUUAAUGUUCACUGGAGAAAGGAAUUCUGCAGUGAACGAAGAUGUGAGUUUUAGAAACCCUCUCAGAAACAAUGCUGAGUUUCCGUCGUUUGUUUCUAUUCCAGAGACAAGAAAUAUGUUGCAAGACCAAAUUGAUUGGAGUUUUGUUCCUGAAACUUCUGGUUCUUCUAGAAAUCACUCUUCUGGUUCUCGGAUUGGCCCCAGUUCUAGUGUGCGAACUUUCCCCCCAGUCUGGACUCCUCAUCAGAAUCCAACAACCCAAAAUCAGCAAACAUCAUCAGAAUUUGGCCUCCGGGCUCCGGUCCCAGUUGUUGAGCCUGAUACUGGAAUUCGAAGAAGUCAUUUAUCAGCCAUGUCUUCAGCCUCUGUAGCAACUAGUAGCCAGGUUCGCAACCAAUCUGAUCAAAGGUCAGCAUCCUUGAUGGCAGUUCCGGGUGGUGAUAUUAGUGGUUGGCAUGCUUUAGCUGCUGAUAGUGAUGGGAGACAAAUACUGAUACGCCAUUUCUUGCAUGCAAUGCGGAGCGGGGUCCACAACUUACGAUCAGAGGAUUAUAUGCUAUUAGACCCUUUUAUAAAUGGAUUUGCUGAGAUGAACGACAGGCAUGGAGAUAUGAGGCUCGAUAUUGACAAUAUGUCUUACGAGGAACUUUUGGCUUUGGAAGAACGAAUAGGGAAUGUAAGCACAGGAUUGAGUGAGGAAAAGAUUUUGCGUUCUAUGGAACAGCGGAAAUAUGAACCAUUUGGAUCGUCGCCAAAUUCGGAGCCCUGCUGUAUAUGUCAGGAGGAUUACAUUGCUGGAGAUGGUAUCGGGAUAUUGGAUUGCAGGCACGAGUUCCACACCAAGUGCAUUAAACAGUGGUUGAAGCUGAAGAAUCUGUGUCCCAUCUGUAAAACGACAGCCUUGGAUACUUGAAACAAGACGACAUUCCAUUUCCAUCUAAAAGCUUGUACAGUUGGUUCUCAAGAAUUUUAUUCUGCUAUUUAAAAUAUUUUCAUCCUGCAAUUUAGAAACUAUGCACGUUCAUACCAUAAGUUGAAAGUAAGACAAGACUUUUUCUUUACCAACAUUUUUUGUUCUUCCGACAGACAUUUGACUAAAUCUAUGGCAAUAAAGACCUUCAGACAAUUUCUGGUCGCAAUGUUGGUCAUGGAAAGACCUUUAUUAAUAUUAAAGCUAGACAGAUUUUUUUUCA